AUGGCGAUGAAGAGCAAAAAGCCUAGCCAGGGUCGCCAAAAGAUUGUGAUUGCCAAAAUACCAAAGAGAAGUAACUUACAGGUCACAUUCUCGAAACGUUGUUCAGGACUCUUCAAAAAGGCUAGUGAGCUCUGCACACUCUGUGGAGUUGAGAUUGUGAUCAUAGUCUUUUCUCCGGCUAACAAGCCAUUCUCUUUUGGCCAUCCUAGUGUUGAGAGCCUCAUCAGCCGCUUUCUUACUCCAAGCCAUUUAUCAGUUUCAAGUAGUACUCAACAUCCUCAGUACUGCAGGGAGGUUAGUGUUGAACAUAAGCUCAAUAUGCAGCUAACACAGACUCAAGGUCACUUGGAGGCUGAAAAACAGCGAGGAGAAGCACUUGACAAGCUGAGUGAAGACAGCGAGAGAUCAAGCCAUUGUUGGUGGGAAAACUCCAUUGAGGAACUUGGAUUGGAUGAGCUUCAGACAUUGAAGGCUGCGUUGGAGGAGCUCAAGAAGAAUGUGACUGAAGAAGUCCACAAAAUGAAUGACCCUUGCAAUUCUGCAGUACCAUUCUUUAUGAUGAAUGGUAUUCGACUUGAUCAUCGUCUUUCCGAGAGAAAAGCCGUUGAGAUUAAUGUAUCACAUGGUUCCAUGAUCCCUCCUAGUGCCUAUAGCUUUGGUUAUGGACAUGGCUUUUUCUGA